GCUACUUGGGUCGGCUUCGAAAGAAGUUUCGUGGGUUGGCUUCAGAAGAUGCUCAGCUGGCUUGGCGUGGCAAGUGCUGCUUUACCCAUCCUGUCACCAAACAGAGCAUGUCGUACCUGAUUGCAAACUGGGGUGGUGUUGGCGGAAGUGAAGUGUCUGUUGGCUGCUUUAUCUGCCAUGCAGCAUUUGGCAAUGGAGCAUUUGCUUCGACAGGAGUUUCUAGCAGAACUGCCUUGCAAGUUGGCAAUCUAUCAAUGCAUGCAAGCAGCCAGACUCACGUCAAGUCUUUUGAGCAUUGGUCAAAGAGCCUGCUUGGCAGCGGGCAUGAGCAAGCUGAGGGGCAUGACAGAGCUACUGCUGAAGGGUUGGUAAGUGGCAUAUCAGAUAAAAUUCCCCGACUAGACCGCUUUGUUCAGGCUCUGGAUUUGGUGGCUUCUUGUAAGAGCUAUGCACAGUUCCGAGCUCACAUUGAUGCUCAAUCUGUUGGGUCGGCUUUGGAAGCAGGAGGCGAUUAUUCCGAGCAUGCAGCCCGAAGGAUGAUAUUUUGUAUGUCCGAGGUUCUUUGUGAGAGGGACCGUGCUAUGAUGUCAAAGACCAUUCUUUCAAGCGUUGCAAUUGACAAAACGCAGGAUAUCCUUUUAUUGUAUGCCAGAUUGCUGACGCCAGAAGGUUUGUAUGACUGCCUCAUCGGAUGCCGUGAGACUUUGCCGGAUGUACAGACAACAUCUGAUGCUCUGCAAGAGCUGAUUAAGAAAGCGUGCACCCAACCUGUGGCUUGCAGGCUCCUGGAAACUUCGUCCAAGUUUGCAGUCAAAUUUCAGCAGGCGCAACAUGAGGCCAGGAACAUCCAUUCGGCAGAGGCCUUUGCUGCUACAAUCAAGAACCUUCAAUACAGCGAAGCCCGGUUCGAUUCCAGGACACGGCCUUUGUUCCGACUCUUCCGGCUAAUGCCGGUGGUUACAGAGGUACUCGCAGAACUUUCUGCGGACCAGGAUGAUGCUGAGGACAGCGCAUGGGCUGCAGAGCUUCUGGAAUCAUGGGGUGGUGACACUGGGUUCAGCACACUUGUGCAGGCUAGCGUGGUGGCUGAUGCCCUUGUGGUCUCUCAGCCAGCUCUUCGACUGGAAGACAAAGCUGCUGCAGAUUGGUCUUUAUCUGGGCCUGUUGCUUCAGAGCUGCUCCAGACUCUGAAACAUCUCCUUCAUGACGGAGGAAUAUUCCUGGAAGAGGCUGAGGGCACGUUGACACAUUCGUGUCUCAGAUCGAUUCGCGGUAAAAUGGUGUACGUUCGCAGUGGCUGUGCAAAUGCGAGUGCAGUGGCGUUGCGGUGGCCAUCAGCUGACAAUCCUGCGCGAUUGGCAGUUGUGCAAAAGGCUAAGGAGAAUCUGGAAGCGAAUGCGUUUGCGGCAUUCAACAUUGAUGCUGAGCUGGUUGUUCAAGAUCGCUUCCGCUUCAUCCGCUUGCUGAGUCAGAGGAUUACCGCCCGGGCCUUGAUCCAAGAGGGGAAGUCUUCAAGCAGUCGCCUGCCCGAGGCAGCAGCUUUGCAGGAGCAUGCUGACUCUGUGCAUGCAGCUGUCAAGCGGGUGCGAGAAGGGGGUGAAGCUGAUGGACCGUUGGGCGUGAUUCAGUUGCCCGAACCCGAGGCCAAGAAAAAGAGAGUCAUGCAGGAAGCAGCCCAAGCGGCGAACAUGAUGUACACGGCCAUGGCGACAGGUCGGGCACUGGUGCCAGAGCAUGUGCCAGCAGAUGCAGUACAUUUGGAGGAGUCUGCGCAGAGAGCAGUCCAGAAGCAAGCCAGCAAGCCAGUGCCCUAUGUUGAUGCCAAGGGAGGGCUGAUGCGAGUGAAGCAAGCAAGGGAGGGCCCUGGUCUGCCACCUCAGCUUCCAAACGUGCCCCAGGUUCUUGUCUCUUCGGCAGUUUCUGCUUUGCAGUUUGACAAAGAGAAAUACAAAGUUCACAUGGCCAAGACCUUUAAGCGUGCAGCAGACAUCAUGGUGGUGCCAGAUAUUCAUGGGCACUUCUAUUCGCCAGAGGCUUUGUUUGCGAGACUUGUGGGAUCACACCUGGUGGACCCAGCUUAUUUUCAGGGCUGUGGCAAGACCAUUUCAUUCAGAAGUGCCAUGGAAGUAAGGCAUUUGAUCCUGUAUGUGCACAGUUCUUUCAGUGAGCAGCAUCCGCAACACAAUUUUGUCCUCGAGGCAGCUGCUGCCUUGAGCCCCACAAUGGGGCCAAAGGAUAAGAGGCCCAAAUUUGAUCUCAGAGCAGGAGACAGACCACAGGAUCCAGUCACUCCAACUAUCACGUAUCAACUAGUUGGAGAUGCCUUUGAGGCCACGGCUGACCAGGACAGAAAGAGACUUUGGCGCCUUGAUGAUCUUUUGAGAUUCUGCACUUUUGUGUAUGACAAGAUCCCAGAACAUGAGGAGUCAUCAAGCAGCAGUCGCGCUGUGUCUUCUGCAAUUGUGCAUGGCCAAAGAGCCAUGAUGUAG